UUCCAAUACGGAUGACAUAUGAUAUCCCAAGUGUACUCUAAUUACACAACACUAGAGUAGACACUGCCAGUCAAUAAUGCCGUUGCGUUGGAAAUAUUCCAUAUAUAUAAUUGUGAUUUUUACAGGGUUACUUUACACAUUGUACGCAGUCAAGGCACGAUUAGAUGGCGCUUAUUCAAUUCGCUUGAAUAAAAAAACGACCAACUCAGUUGUCGCUAAUUCAAUUCGCUUGGAUCCAAAUGCAAGGGAUGGAAAUGUACUUACAGAAUAUACAGACAGCCUCGUCGUAAAUAUUACCUUGCCUCAACGGCUAUCAGCUAUUGCCGAUUUGCAAUGCCCGGACGGAUUUUGGAACGAUGAUGAGCUAAUGUGGAACAAUUCAAAGGCCAAUCAACCCAGAAUUACAGAAUUUGAACAGUUUGUCAAAGCGAAGGAAUGGAAUUCUAAGAAACUAGAUUAUCAACCUGUGUUUGUAACCGCGGCAUCAUCAAAUCAUUUCCAAGAGGUUAUGGGAAUGUUUAACAGUUUUAAUGAUCUACAGCAGCGUUUAAACAGAGUAUGGGUGCUGUAUUUCUUUAAUUUAGGUCUAUCUAAAAAGGAAGAAGAACAGGUGCAAAAUAUGUGUAACUGUACAGUAAAAACGUUUCACUUCGAUCAAUAUCCGGAACACGUUAAGCAUUUAAAGGGAUAUGCCUUCAAGCCGUUAGUUAUUGAGAUAAUCGCAAGGAAUCACAAAUUUAUUGUUUGGAUGGAUUCUUCUACCAGAUUUAAAAAAGCCGAUUUGUACACACUUCUUGUCACAGGAAAAAAAGAAGGCGUAAUUGUCACUCAAACUGGCGGCACUGUUGCACGACGAACGUUACCAUCGAUGUUUCAAUACUUUAGCACGCAUCCAUGCAGGUUCCGAAAUUUGAACGAAUUGCAGAGUGGAUUUAUUAUAUUUUAUUUGAAUCCGUUUGUAAUUCAUCGAAUUUUUUGGCCUUGGAUUCGAUGUGCCCUUGAACUUGGCUGCAUGAUACCGGUUUUGAAUCCAGACAUGUAUUUAAAAUGUAACACAUAUGGCAAUGUGUAUGGUGAGUGCCAUAGAUAUGACCAAUCAGCACUCGGUAUCUUACUGUAUACAUCGUAUGGUAAACAAAUAAGUGAACAUACUAUUCACUGGAGUAAGAACCCGUAUAUGACCUUUAUAAACCAUUGAUUGUAAAUGAUAAUUGUUUUUAAAAUUCAGGAACUAUACGGCGUUACUAGGUGUCCUCACUAGGUGUUGUUUUAAGAAAAAGAUUUCGAGAAGACUUGUAUUAUGAUAAGCUAAUAGUUCAUUCAAGAAUAUUAUUUGUAUACCUAUGAAAAAUACAUUUGGAAUCAUUUUGAAGUGAAAUAAAAUUGAAAAUCAAUAUUUUGAAAAUUUUGAAAUAUGUACAUGUAUGUAAAUAUUUCGUGUAAUCAAUCAUUUGUAUAAACGUGAAACGUUAUUCUAUGCUUAAGUGUAUUAUAUUUAUAUAGUCUAUGGUACGAUGAAUUCUUGUUUUGUAUAUCAUUAUCUACAUAUUAUGUACUUCUAAUAAAUAUUUUCA